CCCACCGGCCUCGCAGCCGCCGUGCCGCCCCUGGGACCGCCCACGCCGCCCACCCCGACGAGGACGCCGACGUCGCGCGUCAACAGCAACAAGUGGCAGCCCAUGCUGCCUGCUAAGGACCGGCCACAGAAGACGAACUGGUGCGGCAUCUUGCUGGCCUUCAUGUCCGGCGCGUGCUUCACGCUGAGCUCGGCGGCGGUGAAGGCGCUGCGCACCAUCGACCCCAUGGAGCUGCUGGUGAUCCGGUCGCUGCUGCAGGUGCUGGCGAUGCUGCCGCUGGUGAUCUGGGGCCGGGGGCAGGGCCAGCUGCUGGGGCCGCCCGGCUACCGCCUGCUGCUGCAGCUGCAGGGAUUUGUUGGUGGAAUGACUCUUGUUCUGCUGUUCUUCUCCUUCCGGAGACUACCUUUAGGGGAUGCAACAACAAUUAUCUUCAGCUCACCUGUUUUAGUCAUGGUACUGUCAUUCAUUUUUCUGAGGGAGCCAUGUGGAUUCUUCCGUACUUUCAUAGUUUUCCUGCUUGUUACUGGUGUUGUGCUGAUAGCAAAGCCACCAUUUAUUUUCAAGAGUGGGCCAGAUGUCUACGAUGUAAUAGGUUACACAUGUGCAAUUUUUGCAACUAUCUUUACAGCACUGAAUAUUGUUGUAAUGCGUAAAUGCAAAGAUGUUCACUUCUCAGUUGUGGUGCUGCAGUUAUCAAUAUGGUCACUUCUCAUGUCAGCAGGAACGUUGCUGACAUUGGGGCACCGCCAUGACAUUGGUGUAUUAAUCCACAGGACAUGGUAUGAAUGGCUCUUGGCAGUGGCAGUGAGUGUUCUGGGACUCACUGGGCAAGUCCUUGUGGCAAAAGCCCUGAACUUGGAGGGUGCAGGAAAAGUAUCUGUUACCCGUUCUCUUGACAUUGUCUUGGCUUUUAUCCUCCAGGUUUUUGCCUUUGGUGAUUAUCCUGACUGGGAGAGCAUUCUGGGGGCUUUGAUGGUGCUAGUUUGUGUUGUUGGGAUAGGUCUGGAGGAACAUGUAUACUACAUUGCUGGCAUACUGCCAUAAUGAAGGCAGUGGCACUGCUUGUAUUUUGACAUUACUAUGUACUGCCAUCAAGACUGUCAAUGGAGUCAUGCAGAAAUACUUGCUCAUACAUAUAUAUAUAUCCAAAGUAUUAAUGAGAAUAAGGCAGCCUCACCUGAAAUGACAACGUGUUUUAGCAAUUACAGAGAGAAAACUUGAAAUGAUUUUCAUAUAAAUAAACGAAUCAGCCCACAUUGUGUUGUAAUGAACUAUCAUCACUGAACAGCUCAUUGUAAUGGACAAAACUGUUAGCAUAAAUAAUGUUCUGCUAAUUUUGGCCAAGCAGAGGCCACGAUAACUACCAAGCCAUUAAAGCGCACAUGUCUAAACACCAUAGAAUUUACAUUCCACAAUAAUGAACAAAUAAAUUGAUGUUCUACUUCUGUAGUUAUUAUUCUCUGUGGCUCACACAAAUACAGACUAAAAAUUUUAUGUUUGUUAAUGAACAAUGUUCUUCUCAAAAAUGGGCUUGUAAUAUACCAUACAAAGUGAUCAUAGCCAUCCACAAGCAUGGUGUAUGCUGAUGUGAUAUAAAUGCAAUUCCACUGUUAAUGGUGUUAAGAAUGUUUCAGACAUUUUAGUAAUCAAUAAAAUGCUCUGUAACAUAUUGAAAUGCUCUGGUAGCUUGUACUGGUGAGAAAAAUGCAAUUGCAUAAUAUUAAAUUGAUCUAGCUUCUUUUUUUCCCCUUGAGCCAUUGGAACAAUAAAAAUUGAGUUCAACUUAUUCAGAUCACAGAAUCUAUGAUAAGCUUGUUGAAAGUCAAAUCAAGAAAUUCCCUCAUCACAAUAAAUAAAUAAAAUGAAAGUUAUUUAUAAUCGCCAUUUUUCUCAUUCUAGGAAAGUUUUGGUUAUUUCAAUUACUACAAUACACAAUAAACAAUGUACAGAGGAAAUAUAAUGAUGACAUGGUCUCAUAUUAUUAAAACAAUUGCUUAUUAUUGUUCAGCUCUUAAACUGUUGCCAUUAAUUUUACAGGUAAUAGUAUUUUAGGUGUCCAUUUUAUAAAUUUGAGAGCAGAUGAGUUGUAUGCCUUGCCCAUUUAGACCACUCUUUCUUUCAUUUAUGUAGUGCAGGAUAUGAAGCUUGAUUCUGAAUGAAAACAGUCUUAAUAGCUGUUUGUAAUCUGCAUGAGUAUAAACUGAAAGUCAAAGAGGCAGUAAGGACUGAGAAGGUAAAGAAUCACUGCCAUUAAAUGUCUUUCUUCUAAUGUACCUGAUAUCUGAACAAAGAACUGUGAAAUGUUUUUGAUAUGAUUAAAGUAUGGUAGAGAUAUUGGAACCACAUAUGACUCUAAAGUACUUUGAACAUACUGUCUCAAACAUUUUUGAUGUUUUACUCAAGCAGAUUUCAGUGCUGUGAAUUCUUUAACUGCUUAACUUCACAUUUAAUUGUGUAUGUAGCAGUUUUUUCAAGACAUUGACCCUAAACUACUUUCUUGAUAUCAAAAAUGGACAUAAGUAGUGAGUUUUAAAAUCAUACAUACCAAAAAUGACUACAAAAUAAAAAUAUACUUCCGUUUAGGCUUGUAAAAGUAUCUAGCUUUCAAUUUCGAAUUGGGAAUGAUUGUAUAGUUUUUUUUUUUUUU